UCUGGAUUGUUUCGUUUGAAUCGCCAGACUAAACAGCCUCGAGUUCCUCAGUCGUUCUUCUAGUCGUCCUAAAUUCGCAAUCUUCGCCAUGUAUUCGCAACUUAGUCGCGCAUUUUCCGCUGCCCUGGCUCUCCUUCCCAUGGCUGUGUCAGCAGCGCUUCCUUUCGGUCACUAUGGCCCUGAAGGUACCGUGUUAUUCCUGAACGGAUUCCACUUCGUCUCGGGACACAGCGACUGGGAGAUUUCUGCCAACCAUUAUUGCGUUAUCAUUGCGAGCGAUACUUUGCAAUGCGCCGUGUACAACACCAACACGACUCCCGCGCGCUUGGCUGGAAUCGAAUACAUUAUCACGAAGGAUGCGUUUGAGACCUUGGACUACGAAGAGCGCCAAAUGUGGCAUAGUCAUGUCUACGAAAUCACCAGCGGAUUCCUCAUCGAGCCCGGCCUGCCGGAUUCCGUUGACCACACCAUCAUGAAGGACGUCUUGGUUGGAACUUACGGAAAGACAUUCCACACCUGGCGCUACGACCAGCAGAACUCCACGUACCCCAUCGGCAUCCCAGAGCUUGUUAUGGGCUACACCGGAGACGACCAGAUUACCCCUGACUUCGUGAACAAGAGAGACGAGCUGUUCGGAGUUAACACUACCGAAAUCAAGGACUCCCGCAAGGAUAUCGACCCCCCUGCUGUCGCUGCCGGAGCUGAUAGCUGGAAGUAUGGCUUUGUUUUGUCUUUGGGCUUGGUCAACCAGACUUCGAACACGACUUUUGGCGCUGCUGUCGCCGCUGAGGGGCAGUCUAUCCUGUCACACAAGGAUGCUUGAGUUACUCAUUCUAGCGAAAAGGGGUUUCAAUACCUUUACCUGGCGUGACUGGUCCGAAAAGUGACACGGUGGAGUGGGUGGUGAAGGACGAUUGUACAUACGUAGCUGAAUAGUGCAGAUAAUACCGGGAGUUCGAACCCAUUCCUCUCUUUUCAAACCAUCGGCGUUAAUUGUGAAAUUGGGAGUAUCAGCUAUAAUAACGUAUAGGUGCAUAAUGAGGCAACCUUGGCACGGCAUAAAUGCCGUCCAAGACUCGUGGGGGCCGGAGAAACCGCAUCCACGGGCUUCACUGUUCG